AUGGUAAUGGAAAACAUUGAUGCAAAGCUGAAAUUUAAUCAAAAACAUAGUUUACCUGAUACAUCUAAACCUACUGAUGGAAUCGAAAAUGGAACUGUUAAAAAGAUCAAAACGAUCCAAGAGCCAUCUAUAUCUGCUUCCAUAAAUUGCGACGACGAAACUGAGGAACAAGAUGAACAAAUUGAAAUGGAUCUUGCAAGUAUUAGGAAACAGUUAGAGAUGGAGCCACUUAUUGAGUGGGAGAUUGGUAAUAUAAACAUCACACAGAAGUUUCGUGAGUAUCAGCGAAGUGUUAUUGACAAAACGAUGAAGUAUGGAUUAAAGGCACUUGCAUUGGUCAUUGUCCUUUCUUGGCCAUGUCUGUAUUCAAAAUUUUUUACCAACCGCGAAUGGGACCAAAUAAUUCAAACAAAUCCAUAUGUGAUCCAAUAUCCUAUAAUACCAUCAUCCACCUCAAAUAUUCUUCGUGAAGCAGCAAUAAUGCAUUUAAUGGGAAAGGAAAGUUAUAUGCAACUCGAUAAAUCAGAAUUGAGUAAAGCUGUUGCUCGCACAUUUAAUUAUUUAUGUGAUAUUCCUAUCCGUUCUCCAGUCAAAACUUCUGAAGAAUUGCACUGUGAUCAAUUGUUAUAUCCCUAUAUAAACUCUUUGUUUUUUGGACAACUUGCAGAAUAUGAAGUUCGACUUAAUCAUACAGAAGAAAGAUUUCACGAAAGUACAUUUAAGAGCAAAAAGUCAAUAAAUCAACAACUGAACUCAAAAGGUGGUCCUGGUGAAGCAGGAUUGUUAACGAAUAUGGGUGAUGAAGUCAAAUCUUUUUUUAUGGAAUUCAGAUCCGGAUUAUACUGUUCUUGGUCCUUUCUUAGAACUAGAUUACCAAUCGAUAAGGCAUCAAUGCCAUUAAUAGAAUCAAAUUUUUGCCACUUCGUAGCGUUAGAGAAACGAAUAAAUAAACUUGCCGAGGAUUUUAAAAGAUGCGGUGAAGAAUUUACACCACCUCUACAAAUGCAACAGAAUUUCCCGAUUCUCCACAACUUAGGAAAUUGCUUGAAUUAUCAUGAGAAAAAAUAA